CUCAGUGGCAGUUUCACAUACAUGAUGUUGACAGGUUAUUGUAGAUUGCAAAUGUGACUGUUAGCAUCGAGGAAGCUUGCCUUUCCGUGGGAUUUAUGAUUUAAUAACUUUAUCAAACUAAUAGGGAAACAUGUUUCGUAGCCCUUUUUAAUUUUUCAGAGGCUAAGUCGAAUCAUUUCAUGGAAAGACAGGCUGGUGUCAAAGACAUCAGCAAUGAAGCUUUGCUGAUCGGAAACUGACAAAACGCUGUGGCACUUCCUCAUCCCACACAUUUGCAAAAUGAAGUUGUUUGUUUUUGUCUUUGUCGUUUAUGAGCUCUAUUUAUGUGAAUCAAAAGGGAUCAGUGCUGGGACUCCUGUGUUUGUGCUGAAGGGAGAGGAUUUGCUUCUGAAUGUCACGGCAGCUGAUGCUCUUCAGGAUGUUUAUAGUUUUUCAUGGACAUUCAAUGAGAAAAAAAAAGUAUUAACAGUUGAACCUGGCAAAAAACCACAUGUAUUUCCUAAUUACACUAGAAGGGUUGAGUUUCCUGUGAACAAUUUCUCUGUGGAAUUGAAGAAUCUCCAAGAGGCAGACAGUGGAGUUUAUACUGCUGUAGUGACAACGAGUUCAGGAGGCGACACAGAAGCAGCUAAAUACAAGAUUAAGGUUCAAGAUCGAGCGUCUCUCCCUCUCCUCACAGUGAGCUCUGUCUCCAGAAACUCUUCCUCCUGUAGCUUCACUGUGACCUGCAGCUCACAGGACUCUCACAUCAACAGCACUUUCAGGUGUGACAACCAAACCUACAGUCAGGAGGGAGGAGAGCGGUCAGAGGGGAUCCCUGAUACUUUUCUCCAGGUCCACCAAUCAAGUGGAUCGAUCAUCUGUAACCAUAGCAACCAUGUCAGCUGGACCAACACUACCAGAACAAUCAAAGAUGUCUGCGCCAAACCUUAUGAUCCUGACCCACCAAACCCUGUUCCCAUCAUUUUGGGAGUAUUGUUCACAAUUCUCAUUCUCGCCAUCAUUGGUGUACUUUGGUGUCUUCGAAAGAGAAGAACAAGUAAAAGAGUGAUUAUCGAGAAUACAGUUUAUGAUACUGCUCAGGUAAGAGACAAGUUCGGACCUCCAGCCCGGACUCAGGAUCCAACAGAUGAUGAAGAUUCAGCUCCACCUCUGUCCUCCACCUACGCUUGUGUUGGUCCUCACACUGGACCCGCAGCACCCACUGAGACUAGAAACACAGCUCAGCUAGAGAGUGUGUACGCUCAGGUCCUUUGAUUGGGGUGGAGCUGAGGAGACAAUCAGCAUAACUGGGGACACCUGGCCGGAGCCCAGGUUCUACUUAAGCCCAGCUACCCGGAGUCACGGGGCCUUCGCCACUCCUGUGGGGAGACUCUCGCCGGGAUCCUUUCCCCUCGCCCAGCCUCUCAACAUUUGUGUUGUUUUUGGUGUUGCCACAAUAAAUGUGCCGUGGUUUUUGGAAAUCCUU